AUGGAUGAAGCCGCCUCCAGUGCAACGAGCCCCGUGUCCCUGGAAGUGAACAAGCAGAGGAUGGAGGCCCAAUGGGACGGGCAGCCCUUCAUCCCUCUGGCGGGCCCGGCUCACAGGACAACCUCUGGGAAUCCGGUGCCUUUCAACUGCACCACUGACUCCUUCGGCUCCUCAGACUUCAGUGUCACCUGGAUGAAGGACAGAGAUGAGCAUCCAGCCUCAGCUCAGCACCUGGUGACCGGCGACAAAGGCAAUUACUCCGUCACCGGUAAGGCUGACAACGUGUACUCCCUUGUCCUCUGCCAAGUCAAGCACAGGUCCACACUGGUUUCCCAGAAAACCAUCCAGCUAGACCAGUACCUCCAUGAUAAGGACAUUCUCUUUGUCCAGACGGGAGUGGCAGGUGAGAAGGAGCUGCAGGUGAUUCAGCCUGAGAGGUCAGUUUCAGUUGCAGCAGGAGAGAUGGCCACUCUGCACUGCGAAGUGACCUCCCUACUCCCCGUGGGGCCCUUCAAGUGGUUUAGGGGCACAGGGCCAGGCCGAGAGUUAAUCUACAGUCUCAAAGGAGGCCCCUUCCCUCGAGUAACAAAUGUUUCAGAUACUACAAGGAGAAACAACACGGAUUAUUCCAUCCGCAUCAGUAACAUCACCCCAGCGGACACCGGUAUGUAUUACUGUGUGAAGUUCCAGAGAGGAAGCCCUGACGUGGAGGUUAAGUCUGGACCAGGCACUCAUCUCACUGUGAGUGCCAAACCCUCUCCUCCUGUGGUAUCAGGCCCCGCAGUGAGGGUCACACCUGAGCAGACAGUGAGCUUCACCUGCAAAUCCCACGGGUUCUCCCCCAGAAACAUCUCCCUGAAAUGGUUCAAAAAUGGCAACGAGCUCUCAGCCUCCCAGACCAACGUGGAACCAGAGGGAAACAGCGCUUCCUUCAGCAUCUCCAGCACAACCAAAGUGGUGCUGGCCCCGGGGGACAUUCGCUCCCAGGUCAUCUGCGAGGUGACCCACAUCACCCUGAAGGGAGACCCUCCUCUUCGUGGGACAGCCAACUUGUCUGAGACCAUCCGAGUUCCUCCUACCUUGAAGAUUACCCAACACCCCAUGGCGGGGAACCAGGUGAAUGUCACCUGCCAGGUGAACAAGUUCUACCCCCAGCGCAUACAGCUGACCUGGUUGGAGAACGGAAAUGUGUCCCGAAUGGACAUGGCCUCGACCCUCAUAGAGAACAAAGAUGGGACCUUUAACCGAACGAGCUGGCUCCUUGUGAACUCACCUGCCCACAGGGAGGCUGUGCUGCUCACCUGCCAGGUGGAGCAUGACGGACAACCGGCGGUCACCAAAAACCAUACCCUGCAGGCCUCUGCUCCCCAGAAGAACCAGGAUGCAGAUGAACCUCUUGGUGAGGCCUCCACUCCAACUGACCCAACUCCCUCCUGGCUAGCUGUGGAGCGCUAG